AUGUGUUGCAAUAGAGUUUCAUUGCCGAGUCUUCUGGUCAUCAUUGUGGUUGUCCUUGUGGCUUUGCAAGUCGAGGUGGUGACAGGCCAAGAAGAAUCUCAAUCAGAAGCAUCAUCAGCUGGUGGCAUUCAAAUAUUUGACAUUACCUUUGGAGAGUCGGCAACAUUAGAGGAAGAGGAAACGUCUACUGACGACUUGAAUAAGACGAACUAUGUGGUUCGCCCAGUAGACCGGUGUCUGGCUCAGGCAACAUACUGCAUUCCUGUAGCUACAUUCUCUCAUCUCCCCGAGUUCGGCCAGAAUCCCGCGACACUGAACCCAAGUGAACGACAAGCCCUCAAGGAUGGUUACCUCAGGUACAUGACGAGGCUCAAGAUGCAUUUGGAUGAUCUUGCUCUGGUGCUGUCUGAGGCUCUGGUCGAGCAGUACGAUGAGGUACAAACAGCCACUACUCUCAUGGUGACCAUUGAAGGACCUGAUGUCACCGUUGGAAUGUACUCUUUGGGAGUUGUCAUCAACGAUCUUGGCCAAAUUGACUAUUUGAAGGGAGAGUUCGUGGUAGAUUUGAGAAUAUAUAUCCACAAAGUACAGGUGGGAGGUCCCCAUCACGACGUUCGGAGUGCCAUCAAUGCAAUGUGGACAAGUCGCAAUCAAACCACCGUCGCUUCACCCGACCCAGAAGAAGACGAGGGACAUGUCAGACUCUUACCAGACGAAUACCUCUAUGUCAAAGACAACGUAGACGAAAAACAAGUUCUUCUCACAGAUGGUCGCUGCAGCGACGAUGCCUAUGAUUCCAUGCAGCCGCUCCCAAUGAGUGAGUACCGGGCCUUGAGUGGAGGGAUAUACGUCGAUGGAAUAUCAGAUUUCAAAAUCAAAUUGAAUCCGAUCAGCGAUGGAAAUGACAAUCUAUUGUUCGUCGAAGGAAAAGCUUUGCCUCUCAAGUUCCAACCCCGCAAUAGAAAGUUCUUUCCCUUCCAGGUGAAUCUGCUAGACAUUUUGGUGUUCUCGUACCCCGCAGGAAUAUUUUCAAAUCAAGCGCCAGAACUCUCGACCUUCUGCAUUAAUGGCCCGUUCACUGGAUUCAAAGAGCCAAUCCCAAGUCUCCCAGAUCAGGGCAAAUUGACACUGAUCCCGUACAUGAAAGUGGUACACAUUGCCCCGUGGUUUAACGAGGGAUACCCACAGAUGGAACUGCAGGAUACAGGACACAGCGUGGCCCACGAAGAUAUCAGCGAAAGGGCUUUCCAAGCAGGCAGCUUUCGUGUCGUCUACCGAAACCAAGCUUCUUUUGGAUGGAUGAUCUUGUUGCCGUUCCUGUUCACCGCCUUCACAACGCAACUUCAGUGGAUGGUAACGACACCCGAGAACUGUUCGGCGUCGUCCAUGAUCACGUCUGUCUUGCUCAUCCAGAACGUUGUCGGGUCACAGAAGCCGUACACAGGACACCAGACAAUUGUCUCUGAAACAAUCUACUUGACCUAUGCUGUGACCGGGAUCUAUGUGACGGCUGUAGCAAUCAUGACUUUCAUCAACAUCACCAAGAACACUGGGAAGAUUGACUAUAUUGCCAACCACCAAAAAACCAUUUUUCAAUACUUGCGACUACUGGGCCUGCUCACGACUCCCCUGUACAUACCAGUCAUGGUCUUCCAAACCGAUUCCGCGACGGGGGAGCAAGACCGCUAUACGUGGCUCUGGCCGUUGGUCGGUAGUCUCUGUGCAGCAGUCUUUUUGGGCAAAUUUCUACGGGACAUUCACCUCGCAUUUUCCAAGGGCAAAGACAAUGGAGACACCCCAAAGGAGCCCGUUGACUACGAACAAAUCGAUCUUUCCACCAAGGCUGUCACCAGCCUGACUGCGGAAGAGGUGAAAAUAUGGAUGUCUACUUGUAAAGAUUUGGAGGAUGUUUCGCCGUUUGACAAAGAGGAGUUGUCAGUCAUUGCCCACAAGUUCUACGAAGCCAAGAUUGAUGGAAAUGCUUUGUUGAGGACAGCAGCGGAUCCCAAGAUAAUGGUUCAGUUUGUUGGUUUGUCGAUUGGAGAAGCCCUGAACAUUAGUGAUGCAUUUGAGAAGCUGAAGCGAGGGCAAAGCAUUCGCCUGGAGGAAGGACAGGAAGGGCCGUUUCCAUCGAGCCUGGAAAAGCCCUAUGAAAACGACGGAGAAGGCCAACAUGAAAGCUACCACCAAGCCUAG